AUGGAGAGAUGGCUUAAAAAAGGAACUCUAAAACGUUCCUCUCAAGAACCUGAAUAUUUUGCGGUGAACUCAAGUCAUAUUGAUAACCAUAGUAAUAAUGAGAAUGAUACAAAUGAAAUCACCCCAAAAUAUUUUAAAAAAUGUAGAAAGUAUGAUGAAAGUUACAUAUCAUUAGGAUUUAUGAAUAAUAAUGAUAAUCCUCAGUGCGUUAUUUGCAGCAAAGUUCUCCCAAAUAGCUCUAUGGCUCCAGCUAAAAUGCGUCGUCAUUUAGAAUCUGUUCACGGUGAACUUAAAGAAAAAAAUGUAGAAUUCUUUAUUCGAAAGCGUGACGAACUAUUAAAAUCAAUAAACUGUAUGAUUCAAACCACAAAAACUGUGAAUGAAAAAGCAACCGAAGCUUCUUAUUUAGUUAGCUAUCAGAUAGCUCAACGCGGUGAAGCUUACACAAUUGCCGAAAGUCUAAUAAAACCUUGUGCUAUGGAGAUGGUAAAAUGUAUGUUAGAUGAAAAAUCUGCAAAAGAAAUAUCUAAAAUCCCAAUAUUGAUAGAUAAUCGUAUUAAUGAUUUAGCAGCCGAUAUACAGAAUGAACUUGUUUUUCGUCUCAAAUCGUGCAAAUUUGCAUUACAAAUGGAUGAGUCUACCGAUGUAGCUGGGCUUACAAUAUUAAUUGUCAUCGUUAGGUAUCAACACGAAAGCACAUUAUUGGAAGAUCUUCUUUUAUGCAAAUCUCUACCAACACGUACUACUGGAGCUGAAAUAUUUGAUCUUCUAAAUUCAUUUCUUGAAGGAAAUGAAAUACCAUGGGAAAACUGCGUUGAUAUCUGUACCGAUGGAGCAAAGGCUAUGAGUGGUAUAAUUAAUGGAGCUGUACAGCGUAUUAAAAAUAUUGCAAAAAACUGUUCUAGUAGCCACUGUAUGAUACAUAGACAGGCACUCGCUGCAAAAAAGUUAUCUGUUAGUUUUAAGAAAGCUCUUGAUGAAGUCGUAAAAAUCAUAAACUUCAUAAAAUCUCGGCCUCUUCAAAAUCGUUUAUUCAAAAUCCUAUGUGAGGACAUGGGAAGUGUACAUACUUCUCUUCUCUUACAUACCGAGGUCAGGUGGUUAUUUCGAGGAAAGAUACUAACUCGUAUUUUUGAAUUAAGGGACGAGGUACGUGCUUUUUUUUUGGAACACAAUUUCGAAUUAAAAGAUCGAUUUCUUGAUCAAAUGUGGCUACUUAAAGUCGCCUAUUUAAGUGAUAUUUUUACAAAAAUCAAUGAGCUUAAUUUCACACUUCAAGGCAGACACGUAAAUGUUUUUACUGCACACGAAAAAAUUCAUGCUUUUAAGAAAAAGUUAGAUUUUUGGAAAAUUUGUAUGAGCUCCAACAAGUUUGAUUGCUUUCCUACAAUUAAAUGCUUUUCGAAAGAGGAAGAGGUCAAAAUUAAUGAAGUUUUCAUUGAGGAAAUUAUUCAGCACCUCACUGGAUUGAGUGAAGGAUUCAACCAGUAUUUUCCAAAUGACCAACAGGUGAAAUAUAAAAAUGAACUGUGGAUUAAAAAUCCAUUUAUUGUCAAUACACGACCUCCAGCCAUGUCAGCAAAAGAAUAUGAAACCUUUAUUGAAUUUACAUCUGAUUCGUCGCUGCAAGAAAAAUUUAAAUCAAUGCCAUUAGCAGAAUUUUGGUGCAAUUCAAAAGAUGAAUAUCCUCAAUUGUCACAAAAGGCCGUGUUGGCACUUUUACCAUUUGCAACCACGUAUAUGUGUGAAACGGGGUUCUCUACCUAUGUAUCGACAAAAACAAAAUACCGCAACAGACUUGAUGCCGAACCUAAUAUGUUAUUACAACUUUCGUCAAUAAAGCCCAAUAUUAAGAAUAUUUGUAAUAAUAAAAAGCAAUUUCACGCAUCUCAUUAA